AUGGCUACACUAAACCCCAUAGUUUAUAUCCCACCAACAGUCCUCCUCGUCGCAAUCCUCGGGAUCCUUAUCUACACCUACCAGGACACCAUCCAAGACCGAUACCUCGAAGCUAUCUACCGCCUCCGAAACUACCGUCGCCAGGACAAUGAGCAGGAUGAAGAAUUGACAGAGGAACAACUUCGGGAACUUUAUGGAGGCGCUGAUUCUGGGGAUAUACCCGAAGAGCUUUUGAGGCAGUUCGCUGAGGAGGAUAACAAUGACGAGGAUGUUGACGAGGAUGAAGAGGAGGAUGAGGACGGAGAGGAAGGAGAGGAGGGGCAGGAGGAGGUGCAACCACAGGGAUCAACCACUUCUGCGCGACUGAGGAUGCACCACGAAAUGGUCCAGCAAAUGCGGGCUCGUGCCGGGUUUGCGCCAGAGCCCUUCCCUGGUGAUGUCGUUCCAGGAGAAGAAGGGGCAGCAGCAGGAGAACAUGACGAGGACGUUGAAGAUGAUGGAGGUGUUGGGUCUUCCCAGGGUGCAACAGCUCAUCGGAUCAAGAGAGUUGGCAAGAAGAAGGCUGAGAAACUUCAGCGCAAAGAACAAAUGCGUGCAUACCACGAGUUCAUGGAGAUGCAAAGGACGGAACGUCGCCAACAGGAAGAAAUGUUCAGGAUCCACGAGGCCGCAGCACAAGAAGAACGGCAACGGAAACGAACCGCUCAGAUCGAAAAGGAUCGGAAACGUAAAGAACAACUCAAGGAAAAGGAAGCCAAAGAGAACGAUUCUAGGAGGAAACGUAUCCAGGCCGAGAAGGUCAAAGAAGAGACCGCUCGUCGUGAACUUCGUUCUUAUAUCCAGAGAGUGAAAUCGUUCAAGUUGGGAGCAUUGGCAAAACGGCUCGACAGGACAGAAGCCCAAUUGCUGAAAGACCUAUCCGCAAUUGCACAGGAGAGCAGCAACGAUUCAGAUAUCCUCAUCACUCUUGCCAACAGCCUUUCUGCCACACCUUCAUCGCCCUCUGUUUCAACAGCAACACCGUCGUCUUCGUCAUCUGCUUCAAAGGCGAGACAACACCUUCUGAUCCUGUACGACUCGGCCUCAGACCAGUAUGUAAUUCUGGACAAGGCCAAACUCGAGGCGUUUGCUGCAGUUGUACAGUCCAAGGGCCGAAUGGACAAGAAAGAACUGAGCGUUGCCAGCGAGACAAUUCUUCAAUCUGCACCAUAA